GGACUACUGCGCGUGCGCAAACCAGGGGGCGGGUUUGUUUACUGAGACAAAAUGUUUCCUAACCCGACGAAAUGGGUCAGAUGAGCUAACACGGAUACCUACGACGGUAAACGCUUCUUAGUCUUCUCUAUGUUGGCUUUUUACUUAUAGUGACCUUGUGCCAGCCUACAAGAAGACAACGCCAUGGGGAAUACCAACAGUGAGAGGGCUGCCAUGGGACAGGGGGAGAAGGCUCAGAGGAGGGACAGCCGAGGAACCAAGGACGGAGGGGGGCCAAAAAUCCUGAUGGACAGCCCCGAGGACGCAGAUAUUUUUCACGGUGAUGACAUGAAAGCGCCUUUAGGGAAAGAAGAGUUCCUUAAAUGGCAGCAAGACUUAGAAGCAGAUGACAAAGGGCCAACUCUAGACCGCCCCACAGUCUUUCGCUGGACUGGAGAUGGCAAAGAGGUCUACCUCUCUGGAUCCUUCAACAACUGGGCCAACAAGAUUCCCCUUAUUAGAAGUCAGAACACCUUUGUGGCCAUUGUUGAUCUACCUGAAGGGGAGCAUCAGUACAAGUUUUAUGUGGAUGGCCAGUGGACCCACGACCCAGCUGAGCCAGUUGUUACCAGUCAGCUCGGGACAGUCAACAAUAUCAUCCAGGUGAAGAAAACGGACUUUGAGGUGUUUGAUGCUCUAAUGGUGGACUCGCAGAAAUGCUCCGACAUGUCAGACCUCUCCAGCUCUCCUCCCGGGCCCUAUCACCAGGAUGCCUAUGUUCCUAAACAGGAAGAGAAGUUUAAGUCUCCACCCAUACUCCCACCCCACCUGCUACAGGUCAUCCUCAACAAAGACACUGGGAUUUCUUGUGACCCUGCAUUACUCCCAGAACCCAAUCAUGUCAUGCUCAACCACCUCUACGCUCUUUCCAUUAAGGAUGGAGUGAUGGUGCUCAGUGCGACACAUCGCUACAAGAAGAAGUAUGUCACCACCUUGCUAUAUAAGCCCAUCUGACUGAAGACUGCCUUUUCAAUCCCGACCGAGUGUGUUAACUGUACACGGAGUGUACAAAAUAUUAGCUCCCCCCUGUUCUUUCUAUAACACAGAGAGAGCAGGCGAAUCCGGGACAUAACGCCUGGAUGACAAUCUCAGGUUAAGCUAAAGCUAAUGAGAGGUUAACAGCUCAGAGAUUAUAUCUUGUACACUCACUGUAUACCCAGUUGUUGUACACAUCCGUUUAGGAUGAUACAAUGCCGCUCAGUCACUCCAAUCCUACAUAAUCUGCCUUUAUUUGUUCACUGAUUACCCUCUGAGGUUUUCAACACUACCUUUGCUUAGUAGACAUAGAGAGCCAGUACUAAUGAGGUAGGACACUAUGACGUGUCUAUGAUCAAAACAGACAGAAAGAGGAGGAUUGGUAAUGCUGGGAAAAUGGGGCUGAAAGUCCUCAGACACGUGAGGCUGCUGUAGUGUUUCCCACCAUUGAGAAGACAACAGCGCUACAAUCAAGAAUGUGGACGUCAAAGAAGGAAUACAUGCACUGCAGUAGUUCUCCACUGUUUUCAUUUGCCUGUUUAUCAUGAUAAAUUGCUGAGUUUUAUUUAGUGAUAGUGAAAAAGCACACAGUAGAUCUUUUUUUAUCAUUCAAGUGUUCAGUAAUGUGGGUUUUUUUUCUACUUUGGUUGAUGAUGUUUGUUUAGUUGUCAAAAGUGUUCUAUAGUUGGUUGCAGUGUUGUGGUAAAGACUUAAAAAGAGCAGCUUGUUAGUUGGGAUCAAGACAACGUAGUUAGACCAAAACAUAAUGAUUUAUCAUUUUUUGAGAAUACAUUUUUGGUCUUAACUUGAUUAGCUUAGCACUACGAGAACAAAGUGUAUUUUUAAUGUAGAAUAUGCAUACAGUGUAUGUACACUUGCAGCACGACAAUGUAUCAGAAGAUGCUUACCCUUUUGAACGCAAAAGAAGGUUAAGUGGUCUUUUACACUGAAUAACAUAACAUAAUGUUCCUUCUUUAAUUAUAUAUAAAUGCAUUCCAAAAAUGAAGAGUCACAUGAAGUAGUUGUUGCCCGCCGGCUCAGUCAAUAUGGCAUCGUUGGUACCCAAUCUUCAGUAGCAGUGCCAGUUUCAGAUGGUUGAUGAAAAAACACUAAAGACAUGUUACAGGAAACCAAAAUAUGUAGGUGGACAUUACCAAAUCACUAAUGAAGGGACCAGCAUAGGAUUAUGAGUUUAUUAGAGUUUAUUAUUAAUGUUUUUUUUAUAGUUGACAUGUUUGUACUCUUCAUGGUUUAUGUAUUUCAUGAAGUAUGAAGGACUGGAAUGUGUUUUAAGUUAAAGAUAUGACUUGUAGCA